AUGCCGCUGCCUGUGUCCAGGGCGACCUCCUCCAAGUCCCCUCCCGCCCCCACUCCCGCCCCCGUUGCGCUCCUCGUCGUCCCCUGGGAGGUCUCUUUCCUCGACCCGCUGCGCCAGGCCCGCAACGCGCUCAUCAUCCUCAACCAACCCUUCUCCUUCGCGCUCCUCCACCGUGUCUGGCACGCCUCCCGUUGGCACGCCUGCGCCGACGGCGGCGCAAACCGUCUCCAUGACUUGCUCCGCGACCACGGCGGCAAGGACAUCCGCCACCUGUACACGCCGGACCUCAUCAAGGGCGACCUGGACUCGCUGCGCGACGACGUGCGCACGUACUACUCCUCGCGCGGCGUGCGCAUCGUGCACGACCGCGACCAGGACUCGACGGACCUGAUGAAGUGCAUCGGCGCGCUCGUCGACGACGAAAAGGCCGAGCGGCACGUCGAGCAACACACGAUCGUCCUCCUCGGCGGGCUCUCGGGGCGGCUCGACCAGACCGUGCACACGAUGUCCCUCCUGCACAAGCUGCGCCGGAAGCGGCGGCGGACGUUCGUGAUCACGGACGAUAACGCGGCCUGGAUCCUCGACGCGGGCGAGCACCGGAUCCGCAUCGACCACGAGACGUUCGGCCCCACAUGCGGGCUCCUCCCCGUCGGCGUCGACUCGACCGUCCUCACCACGACCGGGCUCGAGUGGAACCUGAACGACCAGGUGUGCGGGUUCGACGGGCUCGUCUCGACGUCGAACAAGCUCCUGCCCGACGCGUCCGUCGUCACGGUCAGCACGACGCGGCCCGUGUGGUGGUCGAUGGAGCUCCGCCCUCUGCAGGAGCCCGAGCCGAGCACGCUCAAGCCCGAGAACGUCCCCGUGCUCGACUCGUUCGCGACGUCGGGCAGCGUUAUCUCGGAGUGGUGA